GCAGGAGCUGGCCUCCAAGCGGGUGGACAUCCAGAACAAGCGCUUCUACCUGGACGUGAAGCAGAACGCCAAGGGCCGCUUCCUGAAGAUCGCCGAGGUGGGCGCCGGCGGCAACAAGAGCCGCCUGACGCUCUCCAUGUCGGUGGCGGUGGAGUUCCGCGACUACCUGGGCGACUUCAUCGAGCACUACGCGCAGCUGGGGCCCAGCCAGCCCCCCGAGCUGGCGCAGGCGGCCGACGAGCCGCGCCGGGCGCUCAAGAGCGAGUUCCUGGUGCGGGAGAACCGCAAGUACUACAUGGAUCUGAAGGAGAACCAGCGCGGGCGCUUCCUGCGCGUCCGCCAGACCGUCAACCGCGGCCCGGGGCUGGGCGCCGCGCAGGGCCAGA